AACCUCCACCGAAUCAUAAGAAGAAGACGGUUGGAGCAAGCGUGAAGAGUGAACGAAGAGACGAAAGUUCUUAAGGACAGUUCACGCAAAAGUCGUUAUGAGCUGUGAGGAAGAAGAAAUCAGCUUCGAUCCCAAAGAGCACCAACACCUGCGUUACAACCCACUGAAAGACAGCUGGGUUCUGGUGUCGGCCCACCGUAUGAAGAGACCCUGGGCUGGUCAGGUAGAAAAACCCCCCGAUGAGCAUGUUCCGAGAUUUGACCCCCGAAAUCCGCUGUGUCCUGGGAACACGCGUGCAAAUGGACAGGUCAAUCCAAAUUAUGAGAACACCUUUGUCUUUGAUAAUGACUUUCCUGCCCUCCAACCAGAUGCUCCAGACCCCGGCCGCAACGAGGAUCUGCUGUUCCAGUCUAAAGCGGCCCGCGGUGUCUGUAAGGUGAUGUGCUUCCAUCCCUGGUCUGAUGUCACCCUGCCAUUAAUGAAAAAGGAAGAGGUUGUCAUGGUGAUUGACAAGUGGGCGGAGCUCAUCGAAGAACUUGGUGCCACGUACCCUUGGGUGCAGAUCUUUGAGAAUAAAGGAGCAAUGAUGGGUUGUUCAAAUCCUCAUCCUCAUUGUCAGGUGUGGGCCAGCAGUUUUGUGCCUAACGAGCCAGCUCUGUCAGACCGCUGCCAGCGGACGUACUAUGAGAAACACGGAGAGCCACUACUGCUGCGCUAUGCCAAGCAAGAAGCUGAGAAAAAGGAGCGUGUGGUGGUGGAGAGCCGUGAUUGGCUGGCUGUGGUUCCAUAUUGGGCCACAUGGCCGUACCAGACUCUUCUUUUACCACGACGACAUGUCCUCAGAAUCAAUGACCUGACCAGAGAGGAGAGAGAGGAGCUGGCUGACAUAAUGAAGCAACUGCUGACCAAGUACGACAAUCUGUUUGAGGUCUCUUUUCCCUAUUCCAUGGGCUGGCACGGGGCCCCCACCGGCCACCAUUUAAAAGAAGACUCCUCCCACUGGCAGCUGCAUGCUCACUACUAUCCUCCUCUGCUGCGAUCCGCCACCGUGAAGAAGUUCAUGGUCGGCUACGAGAUGCUGGCGCAGGAACAGCGAGACCUCACGCCUGAACAGGCUGCUGAGAAGUUGAGGAAGCUGCCAGAUGUUCACUAUCACACCAGAUAGAUGCAGCAGAGAAGAUGAACACCAUGAAGACAGAGGUCAUGAUGAAUGAAUUAAACAUAUGUAUGAAGUGUUACUUGAACCAUGACCUCAAACUGGGAACAAUGUUGUGUGCUGUGCCUAGUUUUUUUUUUCCUCUGAUUAUGCAAAUAAAAAUUACAUAAUGCAU